AUGCGGACACCAUCCCCCAUCCCCCGCACCACUCCAGGCCCAUCCCCAGCACCACCCCAGGCCCAUCCCCCGCACCACUCCAGGCCCAUUCCCCGCACCAAUCCAGGCCUAAGACCCGCACCACUCCAAGCCCAUUCCCCGCACCACUCCAGGCCUAAGACCCGCACCACCCCAGGCCCAUCCCCCGCACCACUCCAAGCCCAUUCCCCGCACAACUCCAGGCCCAAGACCCGCACCACUCCAAGCCCAUCCCCCGCACCACUCCAAGCCCAUUCCCCGCACAACUCCAGGCCUAAGACCCGCACCACUCCAGGCCCAUCCCCCGCACCACUCCAAGCCCAAGACCCGCACCACUCCAAGCCCAAGACCCCCACCACUCCAGGCCCAAGACCCGCACCACUCCAAGCCCAAGACCCGCACCUCUCCAGGCCCAAGACCCGCACCACUCCAGGCCCAAGACCCGCACCUCUCCAAGACCCGCACCACUCCAGGCCCAAGACCCGCAACGCUCCAAGCCCAAGACCCGCACCACUCAAGGCCCAAGACCCGCACCGCUCCAAGCCCAAGACCCGCACCACUCAAGGCCCAGGCCCCGCACCGCUCCAAGCCCAAGACCCGCACCACUCCAGGCCCAAGACCCGCACCGCUCCAAGCCCAAGACCCGCACCGCUCAAGGCCCAAGACCCGCACCGCUCCAAGCCCAAGACCCGCACCACUCAAGGCCCAGGCCCCGCACCACUCCAGGCUUACCUACCAUAUCAAGCGUCUCCAGAUCCACCCUGA